AUGCCCUCUAAGAAGAAGGCCAGCAGCACGCAGAUCCAUGCCGCGAAACCACAACCUCUAAACGAAUCUUUGAAGAGCGUGCCUGCACCUCCACCGACACCGGGCUCUGCUCCAGUCAUCAACCGUUCUGUGAACGGGCAACAAUCAAAUGCCAAACCCGACUCAGAUUCGAAGACCGGGGACACGACAGAGUCUGCCGGAGAGCCUGCGAGGGCGCCGGCCGUCAACCGGAAAAAACAAAAGAGACGUGAGAAGGAGGCGGCAAAGCGGGCUGCCGAGCAGAAUCUGGUCAAUGGGCAUGACCACUCGAGCCCGCAACAGAAUGGACAAUUACCGCCUGUCAAGCAAGGUCGGGGGCCUGUAAAAGGAUAUUUCACAGAAGAAGCCGAUUACGCAGAUCCCUCGGAACCGGCGUACGCUGGAAUUGGAAGCCCGGAAGAAGCCUUCUACAGCGGGGACGAGAAUCCUAACUACGGCAAUGGUGCAGACGGGAUGCCAGACAGCUCGUGGCUGAAUACGAGCAAGCGGAAAAAGGCCAAGAACACAAAGACUCAUGCACCCGACUCCGAGUCACUUUCGCGAACCUCGACAAUGAUGUCGAGGUCGCAUAUGCCGCCUCUAUCGAAUAUCGCCAUGCGAGCCUCGCACAAAUUGUCCAACGAACACAUCUGGAACACCUCCACACAAGCCGAACGAGAGAAUAUCAAGCAAUUUUGGCUGGAAUUGGGUGAAGAGGAGCGGAGAUCGUUGGUAAAGGUGGAGAAAGAGGCCGUGUUGCGAAAGAUGAAGGAACAACAAAAGCAUUCGUGUAGUUGUUCGGUAUGUGGGCGAAAGCGGACAGCGAUCGAGGAAGAACUCGAAGUCCUUUACGACGCCUAUUAUGAGGAGCUGGAGCAAUUCGCCAACCACAACACCGAUCUUUCCAACGUACCGCACAUGAUGGCACCACCUCGGCCUCCAUUCAAACGACAUGCACCUCUCAUGGCCGGUUCAUAUCCUUCACGGAGUCGAGUACACGAAAUCGACGAAGACGACGAGGAUCUCGAGGACGAUGAAGAGUACGACGACGAAGAGGAAGAAGUGUACAGCGAAGAAGGCGAGCUCGACGGCCACGGGCUACCACCGGGUCCGCCCGAUUUCUUCCAGUUUGGCAAUAGUUUGACUGUCAAGGAUGGCAUCCUCACAGUAGCCGACGAUCUACUGAAGAACGAUGGGAAGCAUUUCAUUGAUAUGAUGGAGCAAUUGGCGGAGAGACGCAUGCAACGUGAGGAAGAAAUUCGUUACCCUUCUUCUUCCCUAGCUCAUCGAAAUAUCCAUGAAGGUCACAAUCAUCCUCCGAUAGACGACGAUGAUGAUUAUGACGACGAGGAAGACGAUGAGGACUAUGACAGUCAGGAAGAAGACGAUUUCGAGGGAGACGAUAUGGACUCCAUGACUGAAGAGCAACGAAUGGAAGAAGGUCGACGGAUGUUUCAGAUCUUUGCUGCUCGGAUGUUCGAACAGCGUGUAUUGACCGCUUAUCGAGAAAAGGUAGCAGCGGAACGCCAGAAGAAAUUGCUCGAAGAGCUUGAUGAAGAAAGCCGCCUUGACACACAACGAGAAGCCAAGAAGGCCCGAGAAGCAGCGAAAAAGAAGGAGAAAAAGCGACUGCAGAAACUGGCAAAGGAGGAAGAAAGGGCGAAGAAGGAGGCCGAGAAAGCCGCCCAGGAAGCAGCUGCGCGAGAGCUGGAGGAGAAGAAGCAACAGGAGCAGCGCCAACGCCGAGAAGAGCAAAGAAAGAAGCGUGAGGCGGAAAAAAAGGCGGCGGAAGAAGAGCGACUUCGAAAGGAAGCCGAGAGGCACCGAAAACAACAAGAGCAGCGCGACCGACAAGCCGAACAGGAACGCAAGCAACGCGAGGCCAAGGAGCGAGAACGACAGAAGCGUGAGGAUGCCAAGAAAAAGGAGCGUGAAGAACGAGAAGCCAAAGAGAAGGAGGCCCGGGAGCGAAAGGCAAAAGCAGAGCAAGAGAGAAAAGCCAAAGAAGAACAGGCGAGAAAGGACAAGGAGGCGUCUCUCAAAGCCGAAAAGGAAGCCAAGGAUCGUGCCCAACCAGGUACGAAGCAGCAGCCCGUUGCUCUUCCACCGGGUUUACAUCCCCCAUCUCGUGGCUCGAGUAUCCAGUCGCCUCAUUUUCAAGUGGCUACUCCGAUCCUUCCUCCCAAAAUCGCCACUCCGGCGCGAAACAGGCAAUCUUCACAGCCAGGACCGCAUUCUCAUGGUUCAUCUCCGCGAUCCCAGAAGGCCAGCACCGAAAUCUCGCGAAGCUCGGCGUCUCCAGCGACGGUGGCCAUGCCUCAGACUCCUGGGCCGGGACAGCCCGCCAAAGCGCAAGGACAACCUCCCGUACUACAUCAUCCACAACCAUCAGCUCCAAGGUCACCUUUGAACAACCAUGGCCGUGGACAAUUUCCCUUCAACAUGAAUGGACUGCCUGGACUGGGGGUUGGUGGUGGUCCGCCAAUGGGCGCCCCGGGCAUGGUGCCCAAUAUGGUACCUCCGAUGCCAAUGUAUCAGGGCCCUCCCAUUGCGAAUCAGCCAAGAUUCGCCCCGAACGGUAUGCCAUAUCCUCCAGGAUUUCCUCGACCAUUCCAGCCUGGUCAUCAAAUGUCAUUUGCCCCACAACCCCCGGCUCAGGCGCCUCCGGCGGCCAAUCAACAACCGGUAUCCAAACCACCAGUGCACUCCAGACAACCAUCCAACGACAGUGGUUCGCAGCCAGCUCCAAUUGCUCGACCAGGACCAAUUGCUCGACCGUCCAGUACCACACCAGACAAGCAGAAGCCACAACAAUCACCAGAUUCUGAUGUUGAGCUGCUGACCACACAGCUGGGUAGCAAAGCAUUGCUGGACGAUUCUGACGCGUCAUUCUUGGAGAAUACGGACGCACGGGUGAAUCUGCCGCCAGUUGGGCCCCCGGGAUCGACGAGAUUGCCAUUUGCCAGUAGCUUCGCCGAGCCCAAGCAGGAAUAUUUGGGCUCGGGUGGACCUGGUUGGAGUAGUUUCAAUUCUGGAAUGUCGAAUGCACCGGGGUGGGGACCACCAACAACACAACGGCCCAGUCCUGGCUGGUCUCAACCACCCUUUGGAGCCAUGGGCGCCGGAUCUCAGCCGAUAUCAAGACCCCAUCUUCCUCGACCGGUUGCGGUGAGACUCAUGCUUGUUCAAGCCUGUCGCCAGUUGUCACAAGUUCCUGCCAUCAGUGCCGAUGGUUAUUAUCCCGUACAGACCCUUCUGCGACAAGUGGAUGUGCUGAAAACCCCGGGUGAACCACCCGUUUCCAUGGAUGAGAUGCUGGGCAUUUGCGAUACGGAAGGCAACCCGCAAAAUGGCGGUGGCUCAUUUGAGGUGGUCGUUGACCCAGGGAGAGGACAAGUCGUCAAAUUCGUCGAAGAUACAUCAGGCCAACCACGAAGCAGUGUGGGCGAGAUUGGCAGUCCGGUACUGGGACACACUCCGCACAUGCACACAGCUACCUUUGGAGGCAUUGGCUCCGGCAGUUUCGGACCUCAUGGCAGGAGUUUCUAG